CAAACCCCCUCACACUGAAGCCCACACAACCAAGACCAUUGGUCACAUACAAAUCCCCAAAGGACUAUUUCAUUGAGAAAGAACAAGAAACUGAAGUGACCACCUUCAAAAAGAGGCACAUUUUACAUUCAUACCCAGGAGACACUACUGAAGGAUGGGUUCUGCAGGCGUGCACAUUGUAUGUGUGGCCCUGGGUGUACUUGGACUGGUGGCUGGAAUAGUAUGCUGUGCUGUUCCCAGAUGGAAAGUGUCAUCAUUCACAGGACAAAACAUUGUCACAGCCCAGGUGAGCCAGGAUGGGCUGUGGAUGGCCUGUGUGGUCCAGAGCACGGGCCAACAGCAGUGCAAGCAGUACGACUCCCUCCUCAUCCUGCCAGCUGACCUGCAGGCGGCUCGCGCCAUGACCAUCAUCAGCUGCCUCCUCACCGCCCUGUCCCUCCUCAUCCUCUUCGCCGGCUCCGACUUCACCACCUGCGUGCAGAACGAGGACGCCAAGCCCAAGAUCACGCUGGUGGCAGGAAUCGGGCUUAUACUGGCGGGCCUGCUGCUCAUCAUCCCGGUCAGCUGGUCUGCUAACACCAUCAUCCGGCAGUUCUACAGCCCUCUGACGCCCCAGAAGAAGGAGCUGGGGGCCUGCAUCUUCGUGGGCUGGGCCGGGGGGGUCCUGCUGCUGCUGGCAGGGGGGCUCCUCUGCUGCUUCAGCCGGGUCCGGUCUGGCAGCUCAGGUGGUACCGCCAAAUACUACAGCAACAGCGCCUCCGCACCCAGCUCCAACUAUGUGUAGAGAGGUGCAGGGAUGGGGUAGAGGCGAUGAUGUCAUGGUGGGUUUGAAUCAAUGAGGGAGGAGUUUAAGGGAUGGGAUUCAAAGGUAAGAUGCAGAAGAGGGGAAGAUCCUUUUAUAAUGUAAAUCAUAACUAUUAAUCACUAGCCAAGGGAAAAAGGUGGAAAAAUAUGUAAUGUUAAAUUACUGUCAUUUCUUUAAUUUCUUAGGAUAAAGGGUAAGAGGUGGAGACAAUCUUUGUUUUAGUACUGGAAUUCUUAAUAACUAUCAUCAGCAAGACGUGUGGAGGUAGCAAUUAGCCACAGCAAUACAUGCAAUGCAAUAAAACACUUAAAGAACAUUCAAACUAGAUUUUUUUUCACUUCACUGAUCAAAGUUCUGUUUGUCUGGAGAGUUGUGUUAGCAUUAAAUUUCAGUUGGGUCGUUUAAAAAUAAAGAAAAUCAAACCAUUGAAUGAACAAAAUCUAUGAAAUGAUUAAACAGCACCACUUGAAGGGGAUUACCUUUUUGUACAAGAACUCAAUACAUUUUGUUUGGAAAAUGUUCGACGUUUGUGAACAUGAAGUAUGGUCUCUCUCUCAUGCCCUUCUCUACUUUACUGAUAUGGAAUCAUAUUAGAGUGAGCCAAAGGGGUCAUGACUCUUGUCAAAACUGUUUUUUUAUAGUACAUUUGAAAUGAAACAAGGGAUUUGUAGUAAUUUUAUUACUUCUCUAUUGUACUAUUAUUCUUUAGAGGGCACUAGCAGAAUUGUAAAAUAUGUUUGGAUUAAAUUUGUUGUGUACCUAGAAACAUAAUCAUUCAUUCAAGUGUGUUUGUGAUUCUUUUUUGUGCAAGUUGCCACGUUUAUGAGGAAGUGAACUGUGUUUUGUGUGUGGUAUAAUGAGACAUGCUUAAUUACAUUUGGAAUCAACAAUAAGUCCUAAUAUACAGAAAGCUAUCUAUAGAAGGACCAUGGUUGAGUAUGGAAUUCAAAUCUCUUUCUCUUAAAAACAAACACAAAUACAAACAGCAUGUCUGAAAAUACUGGCUGGUUUAUUUAAAGCCAUCAAAAAUCUUCAUUACACAUUAAAAACAUAUUGAGACAAAGCUUAAGUUGUGGGUUGGUACUAGAAUAUCCCAUUUCCAACCACCUUUGCUACACCUUGCCUCACAACUGAACCUUGAAGAAGAAUAUUUUGUUCCAAUAAAAAACAUAAAAAGGAAGUCUUUCACACUCAUUUUUUCAACACCAAUUUUUUCUCUCAAAAAUUUCCUUUACACUCUCCCCCCAUUCCUCAUCAUACUCCCCCUCCCCUUC